AGCGGGUCGGUUUUAAAUCCACCUCUUUUUUCCCACCAUUGAUUUCAUUUCAUGAGCUUAAACUUUCUCUCCAGAAAACUUUAAGCUAAAGGGAUAGCCCCCAAAAUGACCCUCAAGUCAGACGCUCCAACUUUCAAAUCCCAGUAUAUAACUGCUGAGCUGGCUCGUCUGUUCAGCCAAUCAGACAGCGAGGAGGAGUUUGAAGGAUUCAGCAAGGAUGAGGCAGAAGAGGACAGAGGAUGCUUCCAAAAGCAGCAAAAGACCAAAGUUGUUGACUCAGAAGGGGACAGCGACAAAGACACAGGCUUCUACUCCGACGGCGAGGAGCCACCUGAGCCAAAGAGGAGGAGUCUGUUAGUUGCGCUCAGGUUUCCGGGCAAGAAGGAACCUGCUCCCCCGAAAAUACAGAAUAAGAAAAAUGUCAGAGGGAGUGACCCGCCUCGGAGAGGGAGAGGAAGGCUGAGGAAGGUCAACAAGGAGGAGAAAGAUGAGGAGGAGGAGGAGGAGGAACAGGAAGAUGUGGAGGUGGUGAAGGAGAAGAAGGAGGAAUUGUGCCAAAGUCUGAUAAAACGAGAUCGCAACAUACAGGAAAACAAAGCCAUGCUCGCGAAGCUGUUUGCUGGUCUGACCUCCCUCACUGACCUGACUCCGCUGGACACGCCUCAGAAGAGGAAGAGGAUAUUGCAGAAGGUAUCGCCGCAGAAGCGCAAGUUUAAGUCCGACGCAGGGUCAGAGAGGAGGAACCCGUCUCGUAAGGCUCGUCCUCCGGAAAACUUCGGGGUGGAGGAAAAGCCUGAGCCAACUUGCAUUAGAAAACCAAGGACUCUGGACAUCUGGAGACUGAUGGAGGUGGAUGAGGAACGUAUUGACGGGAGGAAGAGAAGGAAACGAAGCCCCAAGUCCAGGAAGAGUCAGUACAUGGUGAAGUCGGUCGACGAGAUCACGGACGAGGACCUGGAAAACGUGGCGUACCGCAGCAGAGACAAGAUCUGGGACAAAGACAACGGAAGCUCAUGCCACCAGUGCCGACAGAAGACUUUGGACACCAAGACGGUGUGCCGUAGUGGUUACUGUGUGGGGGUCAAAGGUCAGUUCUGUGGACCAUGCCUGAAGAAUCGCUAUGGAGAGGACGUGCGCACCGUUCUGCUCGACCCGACGUGGUCAUGUCCCAUCUGCCGGGGAGUGUGUAACUGCAGUCUGUGUCGUAAGAAGGAGGGCCGCUGCGCCACGGGGACCCUGGUGGCCCUGGCACGCUACAACGGCCACGACAACGUCCACGAGUAUUUGGAGAGUAUCCAGAAGGAGCUGCAGUGAAAUCCAGAAAACUAAACGUCUUCCGGUGCUGCACCGUACUGUACAAACAUUUUAAUGCACAUUUUAAUUCCCAACACAUUUUUGACCUUUUAUCCAACGUGACAAAACAACAUUGUUGGGAUUUUUUUUUUAUGCCACCUUAAUCAGUUUCAUAGAUAUUUUUUAUGUAUAUAUCCUGGUUUGUGUUUGUGUUGCGGGGAUGUUGUCAGACCUUUAAAUUGUGAAAUUUUUACUAGAUUUUUUUUUUCUUUUACGUAAAUGUUUUAGUGCGCCUUUUUAUAGCAAAAACUGAAGCUUUGAUUCAAAUAGCUCUGUAACACUUUAUACCGUUCUCUCUGGUUUAUUUUUUACAUCUUAAUAAAGUUUGUGAAAAAGAGAA